UCUCGCCGCGCGCACAAGCAAGCGAUCCCCACUCAUAGCGUCCCGACUGCACACCAGCACGAGAGGGGGAGAAAACUUUCCUAAAACUUUUUUUAUCGCCAUUAUCUCGCUUCUUCUCACACAGAGCCGGCGUCCCCGUGAAUCUCCUCAUGCGAAGAAACAGUUUAACAAGUAACUUGCCUUUACGACACGGUUUGAAUAUGCGCGCGCGUUUGUAGAGCUGGUCUUUUGCAGUUUUGCUCUGGUUUUUCUUAGCAGAGUGGCUACUUUUAACGAAGAGCGCAAAGUCCUGACUGCUUGCCUGUUUGAUUCUGUUAUCUGUUCCACAUUCGCGGGAGUGUUUCGCUCGCUAUUUUUUUUUUUAGAGGACGGGUUUUUAUUGCUCAAGAAAAUUCAGGUCGCGAGAAUCGAGCGUUGAAGAGAAGUGAAGAAGUUUAAACGCAGAAAGACGCCGCAUCUCCACGAGGAAAUCCGAAGUGGGAAUCGAAGAUAUCUUGUGACUGAGUUUAAUUUGUUACUUGUUUUUAAUCACUUUUCGUUGCUGCUCAGUUGCUUGUAGUAGUCAGCGAUGAAGAUGAUUGUUGCAUUCACUCUAUGGAUGUCGGUGGUGAUUUUGGCGUCGGCUCAGGCAGAUCAGAAGAAGAACUGUAAUGAAGUCAGAACUGCCUACAGUUCGAAAGGCUUUAACGUCAAUGAUGUUCCCAACAAAGGAGUGCAGGGAGCCCAUCUGAAAGUGUGUCCUCAAGGUUUCUCCUGCUGUACUCUGGAGAUGGAGGAGAAGUUGAGUCAGCAGAGCCGUACGGACCUGAAAGCCCCCGUCCAUCAGCUUAGCUCCAACCUGCAGAGCACCUUCACCCAGAGACACCGUCACUUUGACCAGUUCUUUAGAGAGCUGUUGAACAAUGCUGAGAAAUCCCUUCACGACAUGUUCGUGCGGACUUACGGCUUGAUGUACGUGAAGAACGCGGAGCUAUUCAAGCAUUUCUUCCACGAGCUAAGCCGCUACUAUGCCCACGGGAGCAGCGCUGUCAACCUGGAUGACAUGCUGGCGGACUUCUGGGCAGAGCUUCUGGAGCGCAUGUUCCGAUUAGUCAACGUUCAGUACGAGUUCACCGACUCGUACAUGGAGUGCGUCAGCAGGCACAUGGAGCAGCUCAAGCCCUUCGGCGAUGUUCCUCGCAAACUCCGCCUGCAGCUGACCCGUUCCUUCAUCGCGGUUCGCACAUUCACCCGCGGCCUAGCGCUCAUGCCUGAGGUGGUGGGCAAAGUGUCCACGGUGAGUGCUUCACCGAGCUGUGUGCGAGCAGCUAUGAAGAUGUUGUACUGCCCGUACUGUACUGGCCAGGUGGCACUGAAGCCCUGUAAGAACUACUGUCUCAACGUCAUGCGCGGCUGCCUGGCCAAUCAGGCAGACCUGGACACAGAAUGGAAUAACUUCCUGGAUGCCAUGUUGGGUCUUGCUGAGAGACUGGAGGGGCCCUUUAACUUCGAGUCAGUCAUGGAUCCUAUAGAUGUGAAGAUUUCAGAUGCCAUCAUGAAUAUGCAGGAGAACAGCAUACAGGUUUCGCAGAAGGUGUUCCAAGGUUGUGGUCAGCCCAAACCCAACAGUGCCUUCCGCACCCGGCGCUCAACUAGAGACUCAGGGUUCCCUGGCCGUUUCCGCCCCUACAGCCCUGAUGCCAGACCUACCACUGCAGCUGGCACCAGCCUGGACCGACUGUUGACGGAUGCCAAAAAGAAACUGAAGCACGCUAAGAAGUUUUGGUCCACCCUGCCGGACACGGUGUGUGUAGGAGAUAGGGUUGCACCAGGUGAUGAGUGCUGGAAUGGCACAGCCAAAAGCAGGUACGAAUCUGUCGUCAUGGGCAGUGGCUUGGCCAAUCAGGUGUCUAAUCCUGAUGUGGAAGUUGACAUUACCAAACCAGACAUAGUGAUUCGCCGGCAGAUUGCAGUCUUGAAAGAAAUGACCAGCUGGCUGAAGGCGGCCUACACUGGCACUGACAUCUCAUUUGUCAAUGAGGAUGCUGGCAGCGGAGAGGAAAGUGGAAGUGGCUGCGACUCGCCCCCUUGCGAAAAAGACGAUGACAUCUACUUCUCCACACCAACACCUGUUAAACCACGCUUCAACAAGCCUCAAAAUGGGGAGCAACCCUCUAGUGGAAACCAGUUGGCACCCUGCAGCCUGGCACUUGCCUUGGCAGCACUCCUGCUGGCCCUGCUCACCCCUCACACAAGAUAAGAUCAGUCGAGCGAGGAAAAAGACGAGUGUUUGUACGAAUUUGAAAGAGAGAGUAGAAAACUGCCACAGGACAUUACAGAGUCUGCUCUCAGGAUCACCGUCUGCCUGCCAUUUGGGGAAGACACUCAAGUUAUUAAUUUUCAAAUAACUUCCCUUCAGUGUAUUUUUGUUUGUGUUUAUAAGAACGGACUUCCUUUGUGUACAACUGUACGUUUCCAUGCAGCAUUACACAAUCCCUUUUGUUAAAUCUUUCAGCUGAGUUUUAUUCCUCUGUGAUUUUAACGUUCAGAAUCAACUGUUCCUCAUGAUUGUUAUUUUCGGUUAUGGCUCUAAAUGAAUGUUAGUGACUGCCGUGUGUUUGAAAGUAGGUCAGACUGUGUGGAUGGAUGUGUGUUUGUGUAGAUCUGUGUGUGUGAAUGGCUGUAUAUAUCAUCUGAGCGCUUUCCCUAAGGUAAAUAAUUAAUCAACCUAUAUAACACAUGUAUAAACUGAUUUAAGCAAAGCUGUAUGAAGUAUUCAGACUUUUUAGACAGACUUUUUAACCCAUUUUGAGUGUGUGUGGGGUGUGCAUGUGUGCUUGGAGGCUUAGUUAGCUGCAAAUCACAUAUUAUUUCCUGGAUGUUAUUAAGGUAGAGAAAAACCACAUGUUGCCUUAGAUUCUUACAAGAAAAUGUGUGCAAACAGUGCUGACUUACGAAUGAAAUCAACGAGGCGUGGGCUCCCAGACAUGGAGAGGAAACAGUUGUUCAGCUGAUAGGUUUGAUUUAGUUUGUCAGGGAGUGAAUCAUAAUUUGCAUUUGGCAGGUUUUAGUUUUUGUAGGUCUUUUGUUUCCAAGCAAGAUUCACUGCCCAUUUCAUAGCAUCCCAAAUACUUUCAGUGGUUCAGCGAAUGUAUAACUUGAGAGUAUAGUCUUCACUAAUGACUUAAUUUUGUGCAUUGUGUGUCAUGAAGAAGGAGCUUUGGUUUGGUAAGGUCUAUUUGAUCUGUAAGUUGAGCCGUUGAUGAAAAGGCCCCUCAAAGAAGGCAGAACUAACAAUGAUCCUUCAUGUGGAUAGACAUGUAUAGACAUGCAUUCUGCAUAAUGUGGACUGUAUGGCCUGAGUAAAGUUGCUAUGUAAUAUGUGGACACAUUAUGAACUAAUAGGAGAACCAACUGGACAAGAGUGUAAACUACAGAUGGCUUCAGUCUGAGCUGUCAAGAUGGAAAUGAAUAAUGAUGAAAUUUACACAGGGUUUUAUGUGGAGGUGUUUAUUUUGCUAGAAGUUUAUUGUAAGGUAUUAAUGGUGGUAUAAAACCAUAUAAAAGGUACUGCAGCAAAUUUCACUCGACCAGAAUGGCAACCGGUGCUGAUUUGAGUGUGUGGGUGGCUACUUUGAUUUCUGUCAAUUGUUUAUUUUUUGUUGCUUUCUACGUUUGAUCUUUUCCCAUUCCCAGCAGAUUUCAUCUGAUAGUUAAUCUAAUUCAGCAUCGGUACAGUAUUUGAAACCAUUCCUCAUAUAGAGCAAUAGAUAGUGUGUGUGGUACGAUUCAACACUAAAACAACUGUUUUGUAUGUUUUUAUGCUUUUUAAUCGAUGUAGCUAUGCAUGUGGGUUCCCAUUCAAAUGUCUGGCAAGUACAAAACGCUUUCCACCCACCUCUCAGAAAACUAUUCCCCACUCACUGUUGUACAGUAAGUUAUUUAACCACAUCUCUUUUCUUUUUUUUUUCUUUUUUUUUUUUUUUUUAAUGGCAUUCGCAAACAUGCUUUCAGAUUGUUUUCCUAGGUAUCUUAUUUCAGUAUUCAAAAUAUUUAUGUAGGUGAAUGCAUUCUAAUGAUUUCACAAUUUAACUGAUGGUUUUUUAUUGGCUUCAGAUUUCAUGUUAUGUAAUAUUUAGAUUUUGUAAACCAAGCUACCAUAAGCAGUUUUUAUUUUUCAUUAUAGUUUUAUGAAAGGGGAGUGUGAAAAUUGUACAAGCUGAUGCAAGGACAGGGCUGGCCAUAAGUCCUUGAUUGUUCCUGAUGUCACAUGCACUUUUAUUAUUGGCAUUCAGAUACCUCACAGCAAGAGAGUUUUAAUCAUAUCUGCAACAAGCAUUUGAGCCUAAAUGCUAUUUGAUUAAUUCAUUUGAUAUGGAUGUGCCUAUGGAUGAAUGGCCAGUCCUAUGACAUGAAAACAAACUUGUCAGGAGCCUGGAAACAGUGACGAUCUCUGUAUGGCAGUAAUGUUCCUCACCUCAAAUUGGUUGUGUUUUUCCAGGCCGAUGUGUUAUGUGUGCCAUGAAUAGGAAGGAAUGUGUUUUCAGUCCUUUCGUAUGAUCCAAAGCUUCCCACUAUCACAUGUUAAAAUGGAUUUGAAAUUAAAGACCAGGAAAGUAAGUGUCUUGUUCAUAACAACUAGUAUAUGUUGAGCUACUCUCAGUCAAUGUGAAGAUGACAUGGACACUUGAUUGCAGAGGAUCGCUUUCCUAAUCCAAUGUCAUCUUAGUCUGAAUACUGAACUUCAGAUGGACUGAUUGCAGUUGCUAUUUUCCUGCAGCCCUGUACAUCAGUGGAGUUAUCUUUGAUGAGGAGUAAGAGAGACUGAAGAAAGAAAAGAAGAGAAUUGUAAAUAAUGAGCAGUCAUUUUAGUGGUCUCUGAGAGAUGUUCAUCAGAUUUUACCCAUUCAGAGUAUCUGCUUAAUUUGGGCAAAACGAAGAGAUAGAUGCUAAAAAUGUAAGAGAAGUUAUAUUAAAUGUUUCCUAGUCUUGUUGCAAUAAAGACUGCAGAUAUUUAAA